AUGGAAAAUGAACUAAUCGCUUAAAAAUAAAUGAAUUUAAUUGUAAGCUAAAAUCAAUUUGAGUAAAGAAUAUAAUAAAUAUGUGAAAAUAUUGUUUUUAAUAAUAAUGAUUAAAAAUCUUAAGUUUUUAAUGAUGAAUAAAUUAAGAGAACAAAUAAGUAAUUAGUUGAUUUAAAUGAGAAAAAAGAAUAAAACUCAAUACUAAAUGAAGGUUAUAAAGAAUUUAAAAGUAAACAGUAAUUUGAAAUAAUUCAAGAAUUAGAAUAGAAAAAUCAUCAAUUAUAAUAAGAAUUAUAAGAAAAGGAAGAAUAAAAAUUAAAAGAAAUAGAAAUAAUUAAAGUUGAAAUAGGAUAAGGUCUCCAUCAUUUGCAAGAAAAGAAUCAAUAAAUCGAAUAGUAAACAGCAACUAUUCAAGAAUUAGAAUAGAAAAAUCAUGCACUUUAAGAAGAACUGAAAGAAAGUGAAUCAUAAAAAUUAAAAGAAAUAGAAAUAAUUAAAGUUGAAAUAGGAUAAGGUCUCCAUCAUUUGCAAGAAAAAAAUCAAUAAAUCGAAUAGUAAUCAGCAACUAUACAAGAAUUAGAACAGAAAAAUCAUGCACUUUAAGAAGAACUGAAACAAAAUGAAUCAUAAAAAUUAAAAGAAAUAGAAAUAAUUAAAGUUGAAAUCGAAAAAGGUCUCCAUCAUUUGCAAGAGAAAAAUCAAUAAAUCGAAUAGUAAACAGUAACUAUUCAAGAAUUAGAACAGAAAAAUCAUGCACUUUAAGAAGAACUGAAACAAAAUGAAUCAUAAAAAUUAAAAGAAAUAGAAAUAAUUAAAGUUGAAAUCGAAAAAGGUCUCCAUCAUUUGGAAGAAAAAAAUCAAUAAAUCGAAUAGUAAACAGCAACUAUUCAAGAAUUAGAACAGAAAAAUCAUGCACUUAAAGAAGAACUAAAGUAGAAAGAAGAAUAAAAAUUAAAGGAAAUAGAAAUAAUUAAAGUUUAAAUAGGAUAAGGUCUCCAUCAUUUGCAAGAAAAGAAUCAAUAAAUCGAAUAGUAAUCAGCAACUAUUCAAGAAUUAGAAUAAAAAAAUCAUGCACUUUAAGAAGAACUGAAAGAAAAUGAAUCAUAAAAAUUAAAAGAAAUAGAAAUAAUUAAAGUUGAAAUAGGAUAAGGUGUCCAUCAUUUGCAAGAAAAGAAUCAAUAAAUCGAAUAGUAAUCAGCAAUUAUUGAAGAAUUAGAACAGAAAAAUCAUGCACUUUAAGAAGAACUAAAGUAGAAAGAAGAAUAAAAAUUAAAAGAAAUAGAAAUAAAUAAAGUUGAAAUCGAAAAAGGUCUCCAUCAUUUGUAAGAAAAGAAUCAAUAAAUCGAAUAAUAAUCAGUAACUAUUCAAGAAUUAGAACAGAAAAAUCAUGCACUUUAAGAAGAACUGAAACAAAAUGAAUCAUAAAAAUUAAAAGAAAUAGAAAUAAUUAAAGUUGAAAUCGAAAAAGGUCUCCAUCAUUUGUAAGAAAAGAAUCAAUAAAUCGAAUAAUAAUCAGCAACUAUUCAAGAAUUAGAACAGAAAAAUCAUGCACUUUAAGAAGAACUGAAGCAAAAAGAAGAAUAAAAAUUAAAAGAAAUAGAAAUAAUUAAAGUUGAAAUAGGAUAAGGUCUCCAUCAUUUGCAAGAAAAAAAUCAAUAAAUCGAAUAGUAAUCAGCAACUAUACAAGAAUUAGAACAGAAAAAUCAUGCACUUAAAGAAGAACUAAAAAAUAAUUAAAGUUUAAAUAGGAUAAGGUCUCCAUCAUUUGCAAGAAAAGAAUCAAUAAAUCGAAUAGUAAUCAGCAACUAUUCAAGAAUUAGAAUAAAAAAAUCAUGCGCUUUAAGAAGAACUGAAAGAAAAUGA